CGGACAAGAGAGAUCUAGGUUAGGUUCAUUAACUGUGCCGUGGUGUUGGGUUAGAUCACACACACACACACACACACACACACACAUAGUGUACACAGACACACCACGCAUCUACAUAAGAAGAUCUUACUCCCCUUGAUGUAUCACAUCUCCUUCCCUCUCUCUCUCACGAUUCCUUGUCGCUCAUCCUUCUCUUCUUCUGACUUACUUUCUUUACUACCCAGCACUCCCCGACCCUAUCUGCUUAGCAUAUAACAACUCCCCGGUACUUAGUAGUAGACCGUCAUAUUAUUAAACUUUGCCAAUCGGCCUCUCGCAAUUACCUAGCAAUUCGACGUCGACGACUUUUAUUAAGCCUCGUUCACGAUGGCGGGAGGUGCUGUGGUCCAGGGGUCCGCCGACCCUAACCGGGUCGAAGCUCCGGUUACAAUCAAGGCCUAUCUCAUGUGUGCCUUUGCCGCCUUCGGUGGUAUCUUCUUCGGAUACGACAGUGGUUAUAUCAACGGUGUCAUGGCGAUGCCUUACUUCAUCAAGCAGAUCGAGGGUCCCGGUGCUACUGAACUCACCGGUGACCACAAGUCUCUCAUCACUUCGGUCCUGUCUGCCGGUACUUUCUUCGGUGCCCUUGUUGCCGGCGACAUUGCCGACUGGUGUGGUCGACGUACUACUAUCAUCGGCGGCUGCGUCGUCUUCCUUGUCGGUGUUGCUCUUCAGACUGCCUCUGCCGGCUUAGAUCUUAUCGUGGCGGGUCGUGUUGUUGCUGGUCUCGGUGUUGGUGCGGUUUCCGCAAUCCUGAUCCUUUACAUGUCUGAGAUUGCCCCUCGCAAAGUUCGCGGUGCCCUCGUCUCGGGCUAUCAGUUCUGCGUAACCGUUGGUUUGCUGUUAGCCUCUGCCGUCGACUACGGUACUCAAGACCGAAACGACAGCGGAUCUUAUCGCAUUCCCAUCGCCCUCCAGAUGCUCUGGGCCCUCAUCCUCGCUAUCGGCCUCUUCAUCCUCCCGGAAUCCCCUCGGUACUUUGUGAAGAAGGGCAAGCUUGACCAGGCUGCGGGCGUACUUGCGCGACUACGCGGUCACUCCGUCGACACCGAGUACAUCCAGGACGAACUUGCUGAGAUCAUCGCCAACCAUGAGUACGAGAUGUCGGUUGCCCCUGAGGGAGGCUACUGGAGCACCUGGGGGAACUGCUUCCGCGGCUCCAUAUUCAAGGGCAGCAGCAACCUUAGGAGAACUAUCUUAGGAACUUCGCUACAGAUGAUGCAACAAUGGACCGGUGUCAACUUUGUCUUCUACUACGGAACUCAGUUUUUUAAGCAACUCGGUACCAUUUCGAACCCAUUCUUAAUCUCCCUCAUCACCACGCUCGUCAACGUCUUCUCGACCCCUAUCUCGUUCUGGAGUAUGGAAAAGGUCGGUCGUCGACCUCUACUCAUCUGGGGUUCCCUUGGAAUGGUUAUCUGCCAGUUCAUCGUUGCCAUCCUAGGUACAGUCACUCAAGCCGAUGCCGCUGUUAAGACUAUGAUUGCUUUCAUCUGCAUCUAUAUCUUCUUCUUCGCUAGCACCUGGGGCCCUGGAGCUUGGGUUGUCAUCGGCGAGAUCUACCCGCUACCCAUGCGUGCCCGUGGUGUCGCCCUCUCUACCGCCAGCAACUGGCUAUGGAACUGCAUUAUUGCCGUCAUCACCCCCUACAUGGUAGACGCGGACAAGGGCAACCUUGGUCCCAAGGUGUUCUAUGUCUGGGGUGGUCUUUGCACUCUCUGCUUCAUCUACGCCUACUUCCUAGUCCCCGAGACCAAGGGCUUGACCCUUGAGCAGGUGGACCGCAUGUUGGAGGAGACCACGCCCAGGACAUCGGCCAAGUGGGUGCCUCACUCUACAUAUGCCGCCGAGAUGGGCUUCACCGACAAGGCCGCUGUCCAAAACGUCGAGCAUGUCACUAAGCAGGAAGUUUAAGCAGCAAGUAAUGAGAUAAUGGCAUAAAGAAGCACGAGGGGGUGCUCUGGGUAUGAGUAUUUUACAUGAUCACUUUGAUAUCCGCAUUGGCGUAUCGCAUAUUUAUUAUUAGCAAAACAUGAUAAUUACAAAUAAAUCAUUGAGCGAUUUAA